UCUCUCUCUCUCUCCCUCCCUCCCUCCUUCCCUCCAGCGGUGAAACUCUUAGGUAAAGCUGUGUGUGUACAUGUGUGUGUUUACCAAGUUGUUGUGUUGUUGAGGAUUGGGUGAAAUGAAACGAGGGCCAGUCCGCCAGGUUGCUGCAGGCGGUGGUUCGUGUUAAUAUUUAGUAGCCGACGUUCACCGGCUGCUCCAGACUUUAUCUCGACUUCACCUUCAGCACAAACUUUUGACUCGGUUGUGCGCUAUGAUGACAGAGGAGGAAGAUGCCGACAGAGCGCUGGACUCUCUGUUCAUACAGGAGAGUGAGGAGGUGUACAGAAACCCCACGGAAGUGAAGAUGAGUCAGAUAGUGCUGCCCUGCCACGCCAACCACUGUGGCGAGCUGAGUGCCGGACAGCUGCUGAAGUGGAUGGACUCCACAGCCUGUUUAUCUGCUGAGAGACAUGCAGGUUGUUCCUGUAUCACUGCCUCUGUGGACGACAUCCAUUUUGAACACACCAUAGGGGUGGGAAAGGUUGUCAACAUCAUAGCAAAGGUCAACAGAGCCUUCACAUCCAGUAUGGAGGUGGGCAUAUUGGUGACUUGUGAAGACCUUUACACUGAUAGGCAGUGGAAGGUUUGCCAUGCAUUCGCCACCUUUGUUGCUAGACGAACAGAAGCCGGAAAGGUACAGCUGAAGCAGGUGAUUCCUCGCACUCAAAUGGAGCAGAUGGAGUACAGCCUGGCAGCAGAGCGGAGGAGGAUGAGGCUCAUCCAUGCUGAGAUCAUUACAGAUCUACUGAACAGCAGCACAGCUCAACUGGGAGAAUGCCAGGAGUAUCAGGACGCCGUGCCAGCUGAGCGGACACGAGUGGAGAGUGUAGAGCUGGUGUUACCUCCACACGCCAAUCACCAAGUCAGCACCUUUGGGGGCCAGAUCAUGGCCUGGAUGGAGAACGUGGCUACAAUUUCAGCAUGUCGAUUGUGUAACGCACACCCAACCUUAAGGAGUAUAGACAUGUUCCAUUUCCGUGGCCCGUCUCACAUUGGUGACCGACUGGUACUGAAAGCCAUUGUUAACAAUGCAUUCAAGCACAGCAUGGAGGUGGGAGUAUGCGCUGAGGCCUACCAGGGUGGAGAACCUCUGCGCCACAUAAACAGUGCUUUUAUGACCUUUGAGGUGCUGGACAGCGACAGGAAACCACGCACACUGCCACGGAUACGACCUGAGCCUGUGGAUGGAAAAAGGCGCUAUCAGGAAGCCAUUGCGAGGAAGAAGAUUCGACUCGAUAGGAAAUACAUUAUCUCCUGCAAGCAAACUGAAGUGCCCUUGUCUGUACCCUGGGAUCCAAGUAACCAGAUGUACCUGAGCUACAACAAUGUAUCAGCACUGAAACUAAUGGAUACCAGAAACAACUGGGUAUUAACCUCUGAGAAAAACAAGGUCAGACUGUACACGCUGGAAGAAAACCACAUGUUGUGUUUCAAGGUGGAGAUGCACGUCAGUGUUGCAGCAGAGCAGACGUUCCACCUGCUGUCAGACCUGAGGAGGAGAAAAGAGUGGGACCGACAUUAUGAGGAGUGUGAGGUGAUCAACCAGGCGGACGAGGAUGACACCCUCUAUCGUGUAGCUACACCCUCUGUCAGCAAAAGGGGCAAAGGCCAGGACUUUAUCUUACUGGCAUCUAGGAGGAAGCCGUGUGAUGCCAGGGACCCAUAUCUGAUCGCUCUGCGUUCUGUCACUCUGCCCACUCACCCUCCCACUGAGGACUACACCAGGGGAGAGGUGCUCUGCGCUGGCUUCACAAUCUGGGAAGAGUCCAGUUCUGUCACCAAGAUCACCUACUACAACCAGGCCACGCCGGGAGUCCUCCCCUACAUCUCCACAGACAUCGCUGGCCUCUCGUCCAGCUUUUACAGCGCCUUUGCCGCCUGCAGCGUCUUUCUGGAGGCCAACAAGGACAGCCUGGCUGCUCUCCACUCUCUGCACUGUGAGACGACACUUACCACCACAGUCUCGUCUCUGCAAGAGGACCAGCAGCAUCAGUAGAAAGGAUUAGAUUUGACCCCUGCUGUGGAGGCACUGUGCUCUUAAAGAAGCCGUAGUUGAAUGUAUCUGUGUUGCUCUGAGAUUACAAAGGUCUUGGCAACAGAUUUGUAGUUUCUGUCAUUUUUUAAAAAAUGAACUUGCUAUUUUUUUCCCAGCAGGAUUAACAUGUAUGAAGCAAGAGGGCACAAUGUUCUCUCUUGGAUUUUAAGCCUCUCAAGUUUUACUAGAGUCUACACAUUGUGGGAAACUCUAUGUGCAAUACUAAUUUAUAGGUCAAUAAAUCAUAUUUUGGUACAUAGUUCAGUAUUUAACACAAUCUUGCCAAUCUGUUACAAGGAUAAAACUAGUCUAUAGAUUAUUUUCUACCUCUUUAAAUAAAGUGUUUAGACUAUUUGAAUAAACUUUAAAUUAUAAGUUCGAUAAAAUGUACAUUUAGUGUAUAAUGAAGCUGGUUUAUUUCGAAACAUUGAUGUAUAGAUUUAGAGCAGUCAACUUGCACUGAUUGUAUAGUAUGUGGACACUAAAUGGCCAAGUAUCUCACAUGACAAGCUGUCUUGAUUUAACUGAAACAAUAAACACAUUAAACCAG